AAAUCUCACGUGAAAAGUCAUACGAACGGAACAGUUGGCCGAUGAAACGCGACUUGUCAUAGCUGAGAAUUUGUGGAAUACGGAGUGAUCAUAUGAUUAAAAUCGAAAAGACGGAAAGAUGUUGGGCGCAGCAAUAAUUUUUCCAGCGAUUUUCGCAUUGGCAUGUGCCACUGGGGAAUUUUCCGUCCUUUGGUCGCCGAAUCCAAUUGUUUUCAAGGGAGACGAGAAGCUAAAUAGUGCCUACUUGAGCGAUGUAUAUGCUGCGUCCUUGGGCAGGUCGGUAUCUGGUUUUACACAAUGGUCCGGCCUGUACAUUAGUGACCCCUUCAAUCUGCCCAAGUCGGCCGUCACGAUCGUCGUGAAUGGGGAAACUCAUCUGAAGCUGAGCGAUAAAGUAAAGACCUUCAAACUUUCUGGAUCAGAUGCAGGAGAGUCCCUGAAUGCACUCACAUCAAUUAUGAAUGUGGUUGACAUCGAUUUGAGCCAAGACGUUUCCCAGCUUGAUCAGUUUGCUGAAGUGUUUGGCGUUCUGGAUACAUCGAACAUUCCAAAGGAAACUUCAGAUUUGAAGCCACAACUACAUUCCGAGGACAAGUUAUUCCUCCAACAAAUUGCUGUCAUUAACCAAUUGGCGGACGUUCUGAAGCGCAACGACCAACUUCCCACAUUUACCGUCAUCCAAACAUCACUCCUCCCUAUUCGCAGAGCACAUGGUGAAAAGUCGGCAGCUAUGCACGAAGCUGAACAGCUUCUAGCUGAAGCUCUGGAGAACUUAGCAAGCUCACUACGUGCUCGCCAGCCAAAUGUUCUUGUUACAGCUGUCGCCACACGCGGUGACCUUGCACGUAGCAGGCGGCAAGCGACUCAGGACGAUAAGAUCACUGUAAGCACAAUCAACCUUGCAACCAACUACAACGAGGAUUACCCAGUGAUUUUCAAUAUCAUUUUGUGGUUCAUGAUCGUAUUGGCUUUCUCAUUGUUGGCGAUUUCCUAUGCAAUCGCCACCAUGGACCCUGGUCGUGAUUCGAUCAUUUACCGUAUGACCUCAACGAGGAUGAAGAAAGACAACUAAAUUAGUAUAGAGUUCUCCUCCAAGAGCAUUUCAUAGAUCUAGAAGAACAAUCGAGGAGUUGCUAAGUGUGUAAGCAAAGGUUAGUCGCUUGUCGACCAAAUUGAUAACAUAUAAAUAUGUGGGAGGAAUAUUUAGUGUAAAUAUUGUUUAGUGAACAAUUCAAGCAAAGUAUUAAGUACGUAUAUUUUAAUUUAAAAUUGUCGUUUAUUCCUUUUGUUGAAAGUUUUUGAAUGUAUUCGACAUAACGUUUACCCUGCAGAACAUAAGUGCAGCACAUUUGAAUGAAAUAUACCCAUUUUACCAUU